AUGCCAUCACCAAUAACAUCUUUUCCCGUUUACAUCAAGAUCCGUGUUAAUGAUCAACCAACCGAAACAAUUGUUGAUACAGGAUCCGCCAUAUCAAUUAUUCGUUUAGAUUUUCUUAAAACCAUUCAUCACAACAAUUUGAUUUACCAAACCAGAACAUGUCAAACAGCAAAUUCAACACCUCUUAAUAUUAUCGGUCACAUUAAAUUAGAAAUAAAAAUUAAAGCUGCCUCAACUUAUGUCAUUGCAUAUGUCGCAACAAAUCUAAUUACAUCUAUUCUUUUAGGCAAUGAUUGGAUUAAUUCGAAUCAUGUUCAUCUCUUUGGCGACCAAAACCAAUUAACUAUUCCUGAUCAACAUGGCCAAUUAAACAUAAUCCCAUAUAUAGAACCUACAUGUAUUAAUUAUCCAGCUCUUUUGAUUCAUCAAAUUACUAUUCCUCCAUAUUCACAAGCAUUAGUCGAUAUUACAUGUAAAGUUAAUGAUGCUAAUGAUUUAAUAUUUGAACCAUAUGAGCAUCAUAUAUCGCAAUUUAUUUUGAUACCACAUACAUUAUUGAACAUUAAUAAACAUCAAGCCAAAGUACUACUUAUAAAUGCUCAAGAUCGACAACAAAUAUUACCAAGAAAUACACGAAUCGGAACUAUUUCUCAUGAAACAACAUAUUCUAUAUUUACAACAACGGACUCUCCAACAACACAAAAUUAUUUUUUAAAUGAAAAUCUUCAACGGUCAUCUCGACAGUAUAAAUAUUCUAAAAGUGGAGCUGUCGUAAACAAAAAAGACAACUCGCAUUUAACAAAAUUGAAUAUUACUUGUGAUUUAUGUAAUGAACAUUUCUUAUCUGGAAAUGAUCUACAGAAGCAUUUACGAG